AUGGCCUUUUCCUUGUAUUUCUCCUGCAGUACGCUUGGCCAGGGACUUCAAACCAGCACCUAUGCUGGAGAGUCUAUAUUCUCCAUUGCGCUAGCCAUUUUUGGGCUCAUUCUCUUUGCACUUUUGAUUGGCAACAUGCAGACAUACCUCCAGUCUCUUACUAUUCGACUUGAAGAGAUGCGAAUUAAAAGGCGUGAUUCAGAGCAAUGGAUGCAUCAUCGGUUGCUCCCACAAGAUCUCCGGGAACGGGUCAGACGUUAUGAUCAGUACAAGUGGUUGGAGACACGUGGAGUGGAUGAAGAAAGCUUGGUUCAAAGUCUACCAAAGGAUCUAAGAAGGGACAUAAAGCGUCAUCUUUGUCUGGCUUUGGUCAAGAGGGUUCCUCUGUUUGAGAAUAUGGAUGAGAGGCUGCUGGAUGCCAUUUGUGAGCGGUUGAAACCAUGUUUAUGCACAGAGAAUACUUACAUAGUUCGAGAAGGAGAUCCAGUUGAUGAGAUGCUCUUCAUUAUACGUGGUCGGCUUGAGAGUGUGACCACUGAUGGUGGAAGGAGCGGUUUUUUCAACCGCAGCUUGCUAAAGGAAGGUGAUUUUUGUGGCGAGGAGCUUCUAACCUGGGCACUGGACCCCAAAUCUGGUUCUAACUUGCCAUCUUCUACCCGGACAGUUAAAGCUUUGACAGUGGUGGAGGGUUUUGCCCUAACAGCCGAUGAGUUAAAGUUUGUGGCUAGUCAGUUCAGGCGGCUUCACAGUAGACAGGUUCAACACACCUUCCGAUUUUACUCACAGCAGUGGAGGACUUGGGCUGCUUGCUUUAUCCAAGCAGCGUGGCGCCGGUAUUGCAAAAAGAAACUUAUGGAGCUUCGCCGAAAGGAAGAAGAAGCAGAAGAAUUGGCGGUGGCUGGAACCAAUGCUAGUGGAGGCUCUUAUAGCAUUGGUGCCACCUUCUUAGCUUCUAGAUUUGCAGCUAAUGCUCUUCGUGGUGUUCAUCGGAAUCGGAACCUUAAGACUGCCAGGGAAUUGGUUAAACUUCAGAAGCCCCCGGAGCCCGAUUUUACCGCUGAUGCAGAUUAA